AGCUGCGACAAGAACAAAAAUAAAAAAUAAAAAUAUCACUAUAAAUAAUGAGAACACUUGUAACAAUCAAACAGUUCAUCAAUUUCAUUUGGAUACGCUCGGAACGCAGCAGCAGCAGGACACCAAACAGAGCCAGAAAUGAAAGUAUUCGCGCUGACCCUAACGGCUCUCUGCCUGGCAAAUGUGGCACAAGGCUUAGAUUAUGAGCUACAAUGCACUAAAGAUGAGAUGGGUAUACGUUGGCCAAGCUAUCACAGUAGCUCGGAAUUCUACAUGUGCAAUCGCAUUGGCGGUAAAUCUCUUAAGAUGUCCUGUGGACAUGGCGAACUUUUCACAUUUGUACUGCAAUCGUGUACAUCACCCGGAAGAUACAUUCCCGCACCACCAAUGAACAUUUUACCAACUAGUUCAUCAAUGACACCUGAUUUCUCGUUACUGCCUAAGCCAAUAUACUCCAACGAAGAUAAGCCAUCAAUUGUUUUGGCUCCUCAACACCCACCUGUUAUAAGCGGUGAACACCCCAAGCCAAUUACUCAUGAACUACCACAUGAAAGUGAUGUCAAGGAAAGUGAAGGGCCUAUCGAAACUAAAGAGGAACUAUCAGAAAUGCCGCCAUCGUUACCUAUUAAACCUAUAGCUCCCGGUGUCGAUGUGCCACUACCACCCACACCAGCACCAACACCACCAGUUGUCAAGAAGCCCGUCAAACCGCAACCCCAAGUACCCGGAAAGAAACAGCUCGCAGCACCAAAUAAGAAACAACCCGCAGCACCUAACAAGAAACAACCGGCCCCAACAGAUAAUAAGAAGAAACCAGUUCAACCCUCAAAAAAACAACAGGUUCCAGAAAACCACGAACCAAAAGCGGUAAAAAAACCACCAACGGCCAAGAAGGCCCAAAAGCCAGCACCAGUUAAAGAGUAGAAUACAAUAUAAGAUAUAAACUUUUCAAUUUAAUUUGUAACUAACCCCUCAUUCAAAGUAACGUUAUGUACACAGUCAGUUAAAUAAGCGGAAUUUCAAUACUACAUAAAUACAAUAAACUGAUUAACCACAUUA